AUGCUGAUCUUCUGGACAAUAACACUUUUCCUGCUGGGAGCAGCCAAAGGUAAGAAACACCACUCCUGCCCCAGGUUUUGCUAUGAGGACCUCGGGUGCUUUUCUGACACUGAGCCCUGGGGCGGGACAGCAAUCAGGCCCCUGAAAAUUCUCCCCUGGAGCCCUGAGAAGAUCGGCACCCGCUUCCUGCUGUACACCAAUGAAAACCCAAACAACUUUCAAAUUCUCCUCCUCUCUGAUCCAUCAACAAUUGAGGCAUCAAAUUUUCAAACGGACAGAAAGACCCGGUUCAUCAUCCAUGGCUUCAUAGACAAAGGAGAUGAGAGCUGGGUGACAGACAUGUGCAAGAAACUGUUCGAGGUGGAGGAGGUGAACUGCAUCUGCGUGGACUGGAAGAAGGGCUCCCAAACCACCUACACACAGGCUGCCAACAACGUGCGAGUGGUGGGUGCCCAGGUGGCCCAGAUGCUCGACAUCCUCUUGACAGAGUAUAGCUACCCGCCUUCCAAAGUUCACCUCAUUGGCCACAGCCUGGGAGCCCACGUGGCUGGAGAGGCAGGAAGCAAGACUCCAGGCCUGAGCAGGAUUACAGGGUUGGAUCCUGUAGAAGCAAGUUUCGAGAGUACUCCUGAAGAGGUGCGACUUGAUCCCUCUGAUGCUGACUUUGUUGAUGCGAUUCACAUGGAUGCAGCUCCCCUGAUCCCAUUCUUGGGUUUUGGAAUGAACCAACAGAUGGGUCAUCUUGACUUCUUCCCCAAUGGAGGACAGAGCAUGCCGGGAUGCAAGAAGAAUGCCCUGUCUCAGAUCGUGGAUCUAGAUGGCAUCUGGGCGGGAACCCGGGACUUUGUGGCUUGCAAUCACCUAAGAAGCUACAAGUAUUACUUGGAAAGCAUCCUCAACCCCGAUGGGUUUGCUGCAUAUCCCUGCACCUCCUACAAGUCCUUUGAGUCUGACAAGUGCUUCCCGUGUCCAGAUCAAGGAUGCCCACAGAUGGGUCACUAUGCUGAUAAAUUUGCUGGUAGGACAAGUGAAGAGCAGCAGAAAUUCUUCUUGAACACAGGAGAGGCUAGCAAUUUCACUUACUUGAAUGCGAGUGGGCUUCGAUUAUCCCUCCAAAGCAGGGUCGUGGCGAGGAUCAAAGGAGCGACCUUAGGAGGGGCCUUACAGGACAGGGUGCAAGGCGAGUGCUCGGUAAACCGCGGUGAUGACGAGGGUGAUAAAGACGGCGGCGGCCAGGGACACCCACCCCUUGGGUGGUGGCACCAAGUGGGAGACAGCCAAACCCUCUGGUUCUCUGUCAGUUUCAGCAGCAUCCGCAGUGAGCCCACACCCCAGGCAAAGAGCUCAAUCAAUGGAACAUAG